UAAGCAAGAUUGUGCCUGCAACACAGACUCACUCUGUCAGAGUACAGCUGAAAUUAAAAGAAGACAGUCAUGGCUGGAGACAAACAGGAGGAAAGAACAAGGAGUGUGUGAGAAAAACUACAAGAGAUUAGCAGCCAGCCUUGGCCACCUUAUCUUCUCCAUCUAUAUACGGAAACCUCUGGAUAAUUUAUAAGCCUCUCCCUCUCACUCUGUGUGAGUGCGUAUGAGAGAGAGGGGGGAUUUGCUGAGCUCACCACCACCAUGCUGUGUCCUGCUACUGUCAGUGCAGCUGCUGCGGCUGUCUGGCUGCUGGCAGUGCUGGGCCGAGGCCUGUCUCUUCCAGCUGAGGACAACUCAGAGUCAGACUUCACCCUCUGCAGUCACUGCUUCUACAGGCAGACACCUCCUCAGGGAGCCUCUGCAGGGCUGCGCCUACUCUGCCACAGAUUGCCCAGGGGACAGGCGUUUGCCACUCUGACCAGACCAACCUGUGACACAGCUGUCUACUCCGCGUUCCAUCUCAGCCAUGGAUGGACAGAGAAAGAGGGGGAAGAGCUUGUGACAGAGGAAGAAGACAACAUUGAAGUGGCAGUACCAGCUCUCCUCAGAGGAGGCGGGGAUCCAUCUCAUCCUGUGUCGCCCAUAGACUCCCCUCUUCAACACUGGGACUCAACAGUCACAACACUGGUUCAGUCAAGCAUCAGUCCCCAGUGUAGCACUUUAGGAGGCGACCUCUACAUCCUGACUGGGGCAGGAGGUCUCGGGGCUGCUGAGGAUGGAGACGAGGAGUGUCAGAUGAAGCCGCUGUGGUCUGCAGUGUGCUGCUCUGUCCCAGGGGCGAAGGAUGGCUUCAGCAUGGGGUUAAUCAGAGAGACAGAAGGAGGGGAGAGGCAAGUGAGCAUGACAGAACUGGAGGAGAUGCUUGGAGUGGGAGACAUGUUCUCUGAAGGCUGUGGAGGAGCAGAUGUGGAAACUGCUGGAGUUGGAGUAGGUCUUCACAGUGAGGGGAACCAAGGAAAUAUAGAAAAGAUGGAUUCAGAUGCUUCUAGUGAAGAAACGGAUGAUAAAGAUGUGGAUUCAGAUGCUCCAAACGAAGAGACGGAUGAUAAAGAUGUGGAUUCAGAUGCUCCAAACGAAGAGACGGAUGAUAAAGAUGUGGAUUCAGAUGCUCCUGGUGAAAAGACGGACAAUAAAGAUGUGGAUCCAGACACUGCUGGUCAAGACAGCGAAGGGAAAACUACUGUUGAUGCCCAGCCAGAGGAAGCUGAUGAAGUAACACGGGAAACUUCAGAAGAUGCGGUGAAAUCAGCGAGCAGCAGUGAAGAGCAGGCUGAUGUGAGGCGUUCAGGAGCUGUCAGGUCAGAAUCUCCUGAGUCUUCAGCUGAAUAUGAGUCUGUGGAUGAAGAACAAAAUUCCACCAGCACUCUGGUCUACAUCCUCUCCACCACCAUGUCCAUUAUUAAAGCUCCACUACGCCCUGUGGUCUCCAAGGUCACACAGUUACCUGGACAGGUGACCUAUGUUCUUCAGGAAGACCUUGGAGUUCUCUCUGCCCUGCCUGGAGAUACCUACUACCUGCUCCACCUCUUGACCUCUGACCUCUUGUCCUGGAUGGGCUCAGCUGCAGAACUGCUGCUGGGUGUCGGGGAAACCUGCUUCUUCAGUGUCUACUACUGCACGUCAUCCAUCCUGGGAGCCCUGAUGAGCAGCUGCCACACUGGGGUCUCUGGCAUGGGGACCCUGGCCUGUGACACAGUGGGGGUAUUUGGUGGUGUGCUAAAUAAUACUUGGUGGGUGACCAAGUUCUUUGGAGAGCGGCUGUGGGAGCAAAGCGAGGGUUAUGUAGAAACGAUGAUGUCAGAGAUGGGGGGUCAGGCCAAAGCUGUAGGUGGAGGGUUGGGUAAGCUGGCAUGGAGAAGUGGAAAUUGCGUGGGUAAUGUGUUUAGGCUGGGUUGGGGGUUAAUUAUUGGGAUGGUGGAUAUGCUCACUGGUGCGAUGAGAGAGGGAUAUGGGCAGGAGUCAGAGUGAAGAAGGAAAGGACCAUACCCCAGAUGAGGCCAUCAGUAACAAACUUUUUCAAAUGUUUUUCUCCAGUUUUGGUUUGUAAAUUUAGAGGUGUGAAAAACAGAAAAACUAUUUGAAGCUGAUGUCAUUUGAUAUGCCUUAGUUGUUAUAGAAGGAUUGCCACAAUCAAAUUUCGUAUUAUGCAGGUCUUACACUUCACUGUGGAAAGCUGGCUGUCCAAAUAAUCUGCUGUAUUUGAGAGCUUCUCCAACAGUGAUUUAAAAAACACUGUCCACACUGUGCUUUUGGAUGUGAUUGUUCAAGACUACUCUUGUAAGAUACUUUGGUUUGUGUGUAAGUUUGAAUAAAAGAGAUUG